AUUUUUCUUCACCAUUAACCACUAUGCGUUAUAUCAUGAAAAUUACAACCAUUUUAUUGUCCCUUGGUGUUGCCGUGGGCGCGCUGAAUGUCCAGCCUGCCCUACGAGAUGUCAAUGCAGCUCUGAAUGUGUUUACACAAGCCAACACCCAGCUCGGUCAGAUUAAAGGAGACCCCAGCAGCUAUAUCGAGUCCAUUAUGCCCAGUUUGCAAAAUAGUAUGAAGGCUGCUGAAAAGAGUCUCGAGGACAAAUCCGGCCCGACUCCGCCAUUGUCGGAUGUAGACAAGGUUGCUGCAGCAGUAGACCAACUGGAACUCGCACAGGAGCGUCUUUUGAAGCUUCUUCACGACCGAUUUUCUCAGCUACCGUUUCGAAGCGUUUCUACAGUCAAUGAUGCCAAGUAUCCAGCAUCCAUUAAGGGCAUUAUGAAGAAUUGUAUGAAGUGCUGCCAACCAUUCUUUAAUGGAUUCAAGAGAGGGUUUAAUGGUUACAGUGACGAUGCCCUUGAAGAAAUGAGAGCGGAUGAGGCUCGACUUGAAAAGCUCAUUAAACAAUACUUCAUCGAGUAUGAGCUGUACGCAUUGACAGAGUAGCCCAGCACAUUCUACAAAAAUAAAGACUACUUUGCCAAGUUUUAGUUGAUAUUUACAACGAGAUACCAUAUUGUAUCAUAUACAAUGAACAUAAAGCCUACAACCGUGACGGCUCACAGCUCAAUCUAUUACGAAUUCUCGCCAGUGUUUCGAUACGGUAUCAGACGACCCAAC